AUUACGGCCCGACUUGCCGGGGACACGACGCGAUGGCGCGCAGCUCUCCUCCACCUUGAUCACUUCCCCCACACUCCUUCCACCAUGGAACACGAAACCUUGUACUCACUGGCAAACUACCUGGGUACCUUCGCCAUGCUCGCGGUCCUGGGCUACCACUUCGUCGCCGUGAACGGGAAGUACAUGGCGAAAGACGGGAAGGCGAAGGCAUAA